UUGAUCAGUGGGCAAAGUCUCACUAUAAAGAACAGUAACAGACUGAAAACAAUCAAAUCUGGUUUCUAUCGAUUAAAAAUUAAAAAUCUAAUCUCGUUUCUAUCACCGAAACUAAGAAACUAUGGGCAGAAAGUUCUUCGUCGGCGGCAACUGGAAAUGCAAUGGAACAACUGAGGAGGUGAAGAAGAUCGUCACAACCUUGAACGAAGCUGAGGUCCCUUCUGAGGAUGUUGUGGAGGUUGUUGUGAGCCCUCCCUUUGUAUUUCUUCCUUUUGUGAAAAGUCUGUUGAGACCUGACUUCCAGGUAGCAGCACAAAACUGCUGGGUUCGCAAAGGUGGUGCUUUCACCGGAGAGGUUAGUGCUGAGAUGCUAGUAAAUUUGAAUAUUCCAUGGGUCAUUCUAGGCCAUUCUGAACGAAGAGCACUUUUAAAUGAGUCAAAUGAGUUUGUUGCAGAUAAGGUUGCUUAUGCACUUUCUCAAGGUUUGAAAGUGAUUGCUUGUAUUGGUGAGACACUUGAGCAAAGAGAAUCAGGAUCUACAGUGGCUGUUGUUGCUGCACAAACAAAAGCAAUAGCAGAUAAAAUAUCAAACUGGGCAAAUGUUGUUUUGGCUUAUGAACCAGUUUGGGCCAUUGGUACAGGAAAGGUUGCAACACCUGCUCAGGCUCAAGAGGUUCAUUUUGAAUUGAGAAAAUGGCUUAGUGAGAAUGUUAGUGCUGAAGUUGCAGCAUCGACAAGAAUCAUUUAUGGAGGUUCUGUGAAUGGAGGAAACUGCAAAGAGUUGGCUGCACAACCAGAUGUUGAUGGAUUUUUGGUCGGCGGAGCUUCUUUGAAGCCGGAGUUCAUUGACAUAAUCAAGUCUGCUACUGUCAAGAAGAGCGAUUGAGGCCAACAGCAGCAUGUUUCAGACAUUAAUGCUUAAUAUAACUAGUUUCAGACGUUCUUAGAUAUUUGUGGGCGGAACGCUCACAAGCACUUGUUGUGACGAAAUAAUAAGUUGAUCCUGUUAUUGGAUUUUGUGCUGAGCUGAACUUCAAAGGGUUUAUGUUUUGUAUUUUCAAAUUUGGUUUGCUCUAUAUAUAUAUGGUUUAUUGCGUUUUUCUUUUGUUUUUA